GGGGGGAGGCGGGAGCGCCCGAAUGACGCGGGGUCGGGGGGGUCCUUUUGCUUCCGGGUAGGCGGUCGCCAUGGCGAGCAAUGCCGCCAGCCUCAACGCCGUGCGGGAGACGAUGGACGUCCUGUUUGAGAUUUCAAGAAUAUUGAACACUGGGUUGGAUAUGGAGACCUUGUCUAUUUGUGUGCGGCUUUGUGAACAAGGCAUCAACCCAGAAGCACUGUCUUCUGUUAUUAAAGAACUGCGUAAGGCUACAGAAGCUCUAAAGGCUGCUGAAAAUAUGACAAGCUGAUGUGGUAGAAGCCUUUGUAAGAAGAAUUCAAAGUUGUAGAGUUAAUAAAGGAUUGGAACACUGGGCACUGCUCAGAAAUACAAAGUGAAAUUAUAUCCGAAGGUUUCAGAAUAUCUCUGCAAGUGAUCUUGAAAAAAGCAAUGUAUGGGAGAGCUUAAAGUUUGGUUUUCUUAAAUAGGCCCACCACUUAAGAUUUUCUUAAAUCUUACCACACUUGAAUACUUAGUUAUUUUUAUGAACCAGGAGUGAACUUACUGCAAUUCCUCUUCUUCAGCAUCCAAGAUUUUUAAACAGUAUCAGAGAUCGAUUUGCUUGUUGAAAUUACUAGUAUUUAACAGUGAAUGUUGUUAUCAUGAAUGUAGCUUGCUAAUGCAUCCUUUAGAAGUGUGUUCUGUUUGUUCCUAUUGAAUUGGUGUGGAAAUGAGUGGAUGCUUUUAUCUAUGGGAAAAAUAGGAAAAAAGCCCCUAUUGACUUGAUUUUAAUUACAGUACAGAUGAUGACUUAAGUCAUUUAAGUCACAUUCUGAAAGUAAGAAAUAAAGCACUUUUGAUUAUAAUGAUUUGUCCUUCUAAUUCUGUUGGAAAAAGUGUUUCUAACUUGUAUUAGAAAGGAAUUUUGGUAUAAGCAGUGAUGUAUGUAAGUUUGAGAUCUAGGUAACAUGGAAUAUCAAAUGCUAUUUGUUUACUUAUGUUCUGAACACCCAAGCUGAAAAUAUUAAGCAUAUAUUGUUACUUCCUAGUAAUUACAAGCAUUACAAGAAGGGACAGAUCUAGCUGUGAAUGUUAAACAGUCAUUUGGUGUAGGAGUGUCUUCUCAUUCAGCACAAAGAAUCUCCGCUGAUGCUAAAACAAGUCUUUCCAGAUAUGCAGCGAAGUAUUGAGCGUGUUAUCAUGCAGUGAAUGUCCUUGCAUCCAGGAAUUAUGUUUCUUCACAGGAAGAAAAUUUUCUUUGUGUUUGUCCUCUGCUACUGUUUUAGCUUUUCCAGCUUUUUGUUAGAAUCUUUUUAAGGUGUGCAGUGGUGUUAAUAGAACCCAAAGCAAGCUCCACAGCUGAUAGGGGAAGCACACAUAAAAAUAAACCUUGUAUUUUUAUUUGUGUAGACAAAAAAGUUCCUUUUGAGUUUAUAUCACAUACUCUAUCUGGGUCACAGCUUUACAGGAAGUGAUCAAAGAGGCUAAAUGUCUUACCAUUAUUUCACAGAAUGAUAGAAUAGGCUGGGUUGAAAAGGACCACAAGGAUCAUCGAGUUUCAACCCCCCCUGACUUGGGCAGGGUUGCCAACCACCAGACCAGGCUGCCUGGAGCCACAUGCAGCCCAGCCUUGAACGCCUCCAGGGAUGGGGCAUCGACAAUCUCCUUGGGCAACCUGUUGCAGAGUGUCACCACCGUCUGAGUGAAGAACAAUACCUAACUGAAAUCUCCCCUAUCUCAGUUUAAAACCAUUCUCCCUUGUCCUGUCACUAUCCAUCCUUGUAAGCAGCCAUUCCCCCUCUUGUUUAUAUGCUCCCUUCAAGUAUUGAAAGGCCACAAUGAGGUCUCCCCAGAGCCUUCUCUUCUCUAAGCUAAACAAGCCCAGUUCCCUCAACCUUUCUCAUAGGAGAGGUGCUGCAGCCCUCUGAUCAUCUUAGUGCCCUCCUCUGGACCUGCUCCAAGAGCUCCACAACCUUCCUAUAGUGGGGGUCCCAAGCCUGGAUGCAAUACUGUAGAUGGUGCCUCACAUGAGCUGAGUGGGGGGGGGGGGGGUGACAAUCACCUCCCUCUCCCUGCUGGCCACCCCCUUUUUUUAAUGCAUCCCAGAACACAGAUGGCCGUCUGGACUGCAAGCUCACACUGCUGGUUCCUGCAGCUUCUCAUCCACCAGGACCCCCAAGUCCUUCUCUGCAUGGCUGCUCUCAAGGAGAUCUUCCCCCAGUCUGUAUAAAUACCUGGGAUUGCCCUGACCCAAGUGCAGCACCCUGCACUUGGCCCUACUGAAUAUCAUUUGGUUUUCAUGGGCCCACUUCUCCAGCCUGUCCAAGUCCCUCUGGAUGGCUUCCCUUCCCUCCAAUGUAUCGACUGCACUGCUCAGCUUGGUGUCAUCCACAAACUUGCUGAGGAUGCACUUGAUGCCAUCAUCUGCAUCAUUGAAGAAGAUGUUGAAGAGCGCUGGUCCCAAGAGCAACCCCUGAGGGACCCUGCUUGUGAUCAGCCUCCACCCUGACAGAACCAUUGAUCACAACCCUUUGGCUGUGCCCAGCCAGCCAAUUCCUCAUCCACUGAACAGUCCAUCCUUCAAAUCCACAGCUCUCCAUUUUAGAGAGAAGGAUGUGGUGAGGGACCAUGUCAAAAGCUUUGCAGAAGUCCAGGUAGAUGACAUCCACCAGGUUUCCCCCAUCCACCAAAGCCAUCACUCUGUCAUAAUGGCCACCAGAUUGGUCAGGCAUGAUCUGCCCUUGGUGAAGCAAUGCUGGCUGUCUUGGAUCACCUCUUUAUCUGGUAUGUGCCUUAACACAGCUUCUGUUAGGAUCUGCUCCAUGAUCUUCCCAGGCACAGAGGUGAGGCUCAACGGCCUGUAGUUCCCUGGGUCUUCCUUUCUCCCUUUCUUAAAAAUGCCUCCAAUCUUCUGUAUUGCUCUCCUCUGCAUUAGUGAGCACCAGUAAUUUCCAAAUACUCUGGCCUAGAAAUCACUCCAGGAAGGUAUAAAAACUUUCAGAUAACAAAGCUGGGAGAGAUGUAUGUAAGUAGUAUCAUUUAACUUACUCAUACACGUUUAAAAUCUUUUGUAAAUCUGUGUUAAAACUUUUGAAUACUGGGUAUAAUGUUUUUGAACGUAUGAAAGUAUCUGUAGUAGUAUGAAAAAUUGGCAAUGAAAUGUAUCAUAGAAAAUGUGAGAAAUGAGCAAAACUUGAAAUUGUUAAACAAAAGAGCAGUUGGUUAUUUUACUUUUAGGUGGACUCAGUGCUGCAAAAGCAGAAAAGCGUUCUUGCGGUGUCGACAGGUCAUCAUUUGUUUCUGAAGAGAGCCAAGGAACUAAACUUUAAACAGCAAAUGUACCCCGAAUGCUUCUGAAAUUAGAGUGCUUGUUCAAGCCAGUGCAUUGUUUUUACUUUCAAUUACCAGAUGUUUAGGUAAUUUAGUAAUUCUGAUGGCUUCCCUUGCCACUGCUAUUUAUCACUUUGCCACUGGAAAUACACAAAUGUUUCUAACUUCUGUUACAUUUAAUGUGGUUUCAGUGUUUGUUUUAUGUCCCUGAAAUGCUUAAAACCAGCUUGCAAAUGUAAUAUGUGUGCAGUGCUGUCUAGGUAAGUUGUGCCUGUCAUUUUACCAUUGAUGAACUUGCUGUUUUUAUGCACUUAGACUUUUUCUGGUACACCAUGUCUCAUACAGAAUUAUAGAGUCAGAGCAUGUUUUAGAUAUUCAGAACUCAAUUUGGCAGCUAUAAAAUUGUAAAUACAUAAUAUUUUUUAUUCUCACAUGGAGCUAAUUGGUAAUGUUUAACUUAGAUUUAUAUGUAGGGAGUCAAACACCUUGAAGACUUGAAAACAAGAAUAGCUAUACUGGUUCCAGCUAAAGGUUUUUGUAACACAAUAGCUUUUCUUCUGUAGUCAAAAGCAGAUGCCUGAGGAAGAAUAAGAACAAUAUAAGCACGUUUGGUUCUUUUCCUUCUGUAUUCUAGCUUCCAAAUGUCUUCUAUUCCAGGCUUUCCUGAACAUCAUGUGGUUUGUCUAUUAGUAAUCUCUAAUGCUGUUUUUUCUAGUACUUGUCCAGUUUCCUUGGGACUGUAUGCUUCCUGAAUAAAAGCAGCUUGUAU